UCCGCGCUAGAUUUCUCCUCUCUCGCUUCUGCAGAAGAAAAAGAAGAAGAAGAAAAGCUAGGGUUAGGGUUUCUAAUAUUCAAAUCUCUCUCCAAUGGCUUGGAGGAACUUCUACAACGAGGUCAAAGGGCUGAAAGUGAGGGAUCUGCCGGCCCAUAUAAAGCCGAUGCUGUCGAUCGACUACUUGAAGAAGUCGAUCAGCUGGGGCUUGGACAACUACCAUGCCAAGUACAUACAAAAGAGCUCCAUCGAACCUCUUUAUCAUGUCUGCAUUGGCGGCAUGAUCUUCUCCUACCUUGUCGCUCUCCACGAGGAGAGCCGCCAUCUCGAGCACCAGCAACACGCCAAGGAGCAUGGCGGGCAUUGAUCGGUUAUCGCGGUGAUGCAGGGUUGAUGAUGGGGUUAUUCAGAGGUUGAUUUGCGUC